UGGUAUGGGACUCCGUUCCCGAGGUUUUCCCAGAUCGAGGCCCAGUGGCGGAUACAGGGGGGCGACCGCCCCCCUAUGGCCAGAGAGAAGACGAAAAUCCACCAAUGGAAGGACAGUUGUGCUGAGGGGAACUCGGUAGCAGACGACAGGGCGAAGACCUGGAAUCCACCAAUGGAAGGACAGAUUGUGAUGCAUGAUGGCGACAGGCAGGCUCCAGUCGGCGAGAUUUCUCACUCGGGGCGGUGGUGGAGAAUUGUCAUCAUAAUGGCUAACAAAUAUAAUCUGAAGUGGAACUCCCACCAUGCUGAGACUUUUGAAAAUUUUGACAUAUUGCGUAGUAGAGAGAUGCUUGUGGACAUCACACUCUCCUGUGGUGGGCAAACAAUAAAAGCUCACAAGUUAGUGCUAUGCACAGGAAGUGCAUUCUUUGAGAAGUUGCUACAGCGAGAUAAUAGCAAAUGCCCAAUUGUUCAUUUCCAUGGGGUGGACAUGUUACAUCUCAGGCUUCUGGUGGAUUUCAUGUACUUGGGUGAAGUGGAUGUGCCCUCCAGUGAUUUGGAGGAUUUCAUCACCCUGGCUGAUAGCCUGGAAGUGAAGGGACUGAAAGGAGACAAAUCCAAAAGGUUUGACUUGGGUGAACCCAUUGGGAAACCUGGGAUGUCACCAUCAUGUAGAUCUCAAGUGAUUAAUUCUGCUCCAUUUGCCAACCUCAGACCUUCAGAUGCUCCACCCAAAACCAGCUUUGCUUCUACUUCAAGUCGCUCUGCUUCUAUGAAACGGAGGAUUCCAGCUGGCGUAGACAGUGCGUCAGGAGUGCCAGAUAUAAUGUCUUUACCCUCUGCCUCACCUGCAGCCAACAAGAGGCCAAGACCUGAAUCUAUAGUACCUGAUCAGACAUUGGGCAGUGAUGAAUCCCAGUCAGGAACAGUUGUGAAGACAGAGAAUGACGAAGAGACAGGUUCAGCCCAAGAAGGUGAUCAAUCAACUUAUUGGGCUGUGGAGGAAGGGUUGUCAACAGCUGCAGCUGCAUAUAGCCAUAGUUCCCAUGAAGUGGAAGGAGGAGAAGAGUUACUGGACCCCAAUGAAGUUCCACCACACAUCCCUCCUGAGAUUGUUCCUGAGAGUAUAACAAGAGGACAUGAUGGGGUCUGGUCUGGUAUCAUCAUGGAGAGCAAGGGGAAGAUCUACUUCUGUACAUUCUGCAGCUACCAAUCACCAUACAAGACAAGUACACUGCGACACGUGCAGUCGCGACAUACUGGUGAAAAGCCAUAUGAGUGUGGCCUUUGUGGUCGGAAGUUUAUUCGAAGGGAGAGGUUGAGGAACCACAUGCUCACCUGUCAUUCUACAUUGGUGAGGGAGACAGAGGGAGUCUGGAGUGGUCGUCGAUUGGGCAUCAACUGCAAGCUGUUCUUCUGUUCAUUCUGUGCUCACAAGUCAACUAGCAAGUCUAAAGCCAUUGUUCACCUUCGUCAGCAUACGGGUGAAAAGCCUUACAAAGUAUACAAUCUGCGGGGCAUGCUGUUUGGCGAGGACAGAUUGGUGUCAAUGGUCUUUGGACCUACUUUUGUGGGAACUGUGCUUACAAGAGUGUCUACAGGAGUCACAUGGACAUUCAUAUCCGAAGUCAUACUGGGGAGAAACCAUUUCAGUGUCGAUUGUGUGGAAAGACUUUCUCAACUAAAGGUAAUGCCAGUGCCCAUAUUUUCAUGUAUCAAAAUGGCGAGUAAAUACAAUUUGAAGUGGAAUUCUCACCAUGCUGAUACAUUCAGCAGCUUUGAUGUGUUACGUAGUAGGGAGAUGCUUGUGGAUGUGACUCUUUCCUGUGGUGGACAGACAAUGAAGGCUCAUAAAUUGGUGUUGUGCUCUGGGAGUGCCCUUUUUGAAAAACUAUUGCAGAAGGACAGUAGUGCCUGUCCCAUCAUCCAUUUCCAUAGCAUGGAGAUGAUGCAUCUUCGGCUUUUGGUGGAUUUCAUGUAUUUGGGGGAAGUGGAUGUGCCCUCUAGUGAUUUAGAGCAAUUCAUUGCCCUUGCUGAAAGCCUUGAAGUGAAAGGCUUGAAAGCAGAUAGAUCUAGAAGGUCUAAUCCACCUGCUGAAGUUGGGAGGCCAGAAAUGCCAUCAACUGCUGGAAAGUCUUGGAUGGCUAGCCAAGGUUCCCUUAUGAGCUCCUUGGGAGCUGCAGUUCUACCAAGCACAUCUGGUUUUUCCUCUACUGCUCCCGUGAAACGGAAGCUCUCAAUGGCUAUGAGUAGUGGCUUUAGAUUGCAAGAUGCUCAGCACUGUCCUCUUUCCUUGCCAGUGUCAGAGAAGAAGUCUAAGUCUGAAUCAAUCCAUGCUGAUACCUCAAGUCAGGCAUCUGACAUGGUUCAGUCAGAAGAUUUGGUGAAAACUGAGACUGAAGAAAUUGAAGAAGUGGAUGAGUUGGAAGAGGGUGAAGAUUCUUAUUAUGGUGAAGAGGAAGAAAUGAGAGCUUUUGAAUGUGAUGAUGAUACCAGUUCAUAUCAAGUGGAAGGAGAAGAGUUUGAUCAAAAUGUACUCCCUGCCAACAUCCCUCCUGAAAUAGCACCUGAAAGCAUCCAACCUGUGGAUCGAGCAGUUUGGCGAGGGCAGCUUGGUACUGGCCUUUGGACCUACUUCUGUGGCAUCUGUGCUUACAAGACUAUCAACAGGACUUACUUAGACAUUCAUAUCCGGAGACAUACAGGAGAGAAGCCCUUCCAGUGUCGACUGUGUGGAAAAGCCUUCUCAAGGAAGGACAGUGCCAGUACCCAUAUUAUGGGCAUUCAUAGAUCCCCAGCCCAGGAUAACAUUAUUCUCCUGACCAAAAAAGUAUAAAAUUUACAAUGUAAAUCUAAAAUGUUUGCCAUUCCAAAGUCUUGAAGUCAAAUUCUUUUUACUUUUUUGUGAUAUCAUCUGAUAGCAAGGAAAGUCAAGAACC